AGCAUACCUCCUGCUCCUGGCGGGACUAGAACUCGCCGUCUCCCGGUUUCUAGCCUGGGGCCUUCACUGCUAGGUCAGAGGGGCUCUCGGUUGCUUCCUAUUUUACUACAUUCUCUCUUCUGACCCCCAAGACGAGGAGGGGCAGCCUCUGAAGCGCUGCUUCUGUUGAGCGUGGAUGUUUACCUAGCAUUGACGUGAAGCUGAGUGAGAUAAAUGAAACUGCUCUGCUUAUUUACGAAGAGAAAAUGGGAACAGCCAUGAAGGUUUCCCAAAACGUCACUUUGCAAGGUUUUGCACACGAGGACCCUUCAUGGGAUUUUACAAAUAUCGGAGUAUUUUUAGCUGGUGGCUUCCCAUCAUAUUUAUCAUUUGGGUAAGCGCUUUGCGUACCUUCUCAGUCCCUUGCAUCAUUUUAUAAGGAGGCCGUUCCUGUGUACUCUUGACCUUCUACCUUUUGCAAUUCUGUAAGUGUUCUUCAUUUGGAGGGGCAUCUUUAUUCACGUUCUCACCUUGAUAUAAAAAGCUCACUAUUGGAGGGGGGAGUUUACCUUGUCUCCCCCCAUUGGAGGCAAAGCGAAUCCCUCCCCUCAGUCUUUCUCUACUGAUUCUUUCAUUUACAGUAUUUGAGUCACUUGUCUGGCUUUUCUUCUUCUUUUUUUUGUCUGUAACUCAGUCAUCAGUUUUAGGACCCAGUCUCUGCUGCCCCAUGGCAGAGUUAUUCUCAGCAUCUUGAUACUGAAGCUGUGCUCAUCCGUAACGCCCUCUCUGGCUUGGUGCUGGAUAUCCAUCCUGUAUUUAUUCUCCAUCUGGCACUGCUGUUCUGACUGUGGAGAAGAAAGAGGUUCUUCAUCCUCCUCCUCCUCCAGGAUGGCAAACAAGGAGAACGUGAGCAGUAUCUACAGUAGCCUUUCCACAUACCGCCUCAACAGCCAGGCAGCUGGCCCUCACCGCCUUCCAUACAAGGAUACCGGCACUCCAUCCAGCACCCCCUCUGCCUCACUUCUGGUGCAGAGAGCCAUCACUAACAGCGCGAAGCACACCCUGAAACCUGCCUGCAUCCAGAAUCCAACUAUCCCAGGGAGAGUGCCUGUGGAACCCACUUCCGUUGCUCCAUCCUCGCAGGAGGGCCCCGAGCCAAGGCGAGUGUUCACCAUUGACGACUUUGAGAUCGGGAGGCCGUUGGGCAAAGGGAAGUUCGGCAACGUUUACCUGGCCCGGGAGAGAGACUCCAAGUUCAUUGUGGCGCUGAAGGUGCUCUUCAAGUCUCACAUGGAGAAGGAGGGGGUGGAGCACCAGCUGCGGCGGGAGAUCGAGAUCCAGUGUCACCUCAGCCACCCCAACAUCCUGCGCCUCUACAACUAUUUCCAUGACAAGAAGCGAGUGUAUCUGAUCCUGGAAUACGCCCCUCGAGGAGAGCUCUACAAGGAGCUGCAGAAGUAUCAGCGUUUUGAUGAGAGGAGAACUGCCACGUACAUGGAAGAGCUGGCCGACGCCCUUCUCUACUGUCACAAUAAGAAGGUGAUCCACCGCGAUAUCAAACCCGAGAAUCUGCUCAUGGGGCUGAAGGGGGAGCUGAAGAUUGCUGACUUUGGCUGGUCCGUGCACGCCCCCUCGCUCAGGAGGAAGACCAUGUGUGGAACUCUGGACUACUUGCCCCCCGAGAUGAUCGAAGGCAAAGCCCACAACGAGAAGGUGGACCUCUGGUGCAUUGGGAUCCUGUGCUACGAGUUCCUGGUGGGAAACCCUCCGUUUGAGAGCGCGUCCCACUCCGAGACCUAUCGGCGUAUUGUAUCGGUGAGCUCCGCUUUGCUGGUGUUACGGACGAGGGUCUGCGCAAUAGCACCUUACUUCCAAACCGGGCUGAGCGAUCAGGUUUGCCCUGCUGGGGUGAGAGAGAACGGGCCAGGGAGCUUAUAUUCAGUAGUGCUGCUUUGCAACAAGAUUCAGCAAGUAAAUCGGAUGUUAGACUCUGGUGCUUGUGAACCAGGGCGAGUCCUGGAAUUGAUUGAACAGGCUCCUUUCUUUAGGAGGCAGAGCCAAGAUCAGGAUCAGAGCCCCACAGACAUAUACGUAUAAUUUUAAUUAUUUGGUUUGUGUCUUAUUCUGUAC